AUGGCCCAGGAUGGACUUGAACAACAAUAUUUGGAGCCCCCGAUCAUUACGGCCAUCAAGAGCGAUGCGGGUUAUGGGAGCGAAAUGAGCCGGCAUGCGAUGGAGAGGUCAUUCAGCCAGGACAUUCAAGAUGGCACUCAAGAGUUGAAAGAGGCGGCCGAACAAACCCGGAACAUCAUUCUUGAUCUCAGUUUGGAUGGCCAUAUUCGCUGGGUCAGCCCUUCUUGGACCGAUGUGGUCGGCACUGAUCUCGAGCAUGUUCGAGGUCACAAGAUUUCAGAAUUCAUCAGUGAUGAUCCGCAUGUCUUCGAUUCUGCUAUCGAGGCUCUCAAGUCCAAUGAUUCCAAGAGUCAAUUCGUCAAAUUCGCCGUCAAGGUUGGUCCUUCUUCCGACAUGGGGACUAUGUUACAGACAGACGACGGCGAGGAACCGAGUGAGAACAAUGUGGAAACUGACGCGAGUGGAAACGCAACCCUCGAACUGGAAGGCCAGGGGAUCAUGGUCUACGACAGGACGUCUGGAGGAGAGUCGCACACCAUGUGGAUGUUACAGCCCGCUCAGGAACCCGUCCGUAUCGAAAUCGCUCUCCCUCGAGCACUGGUUGAAACACUCGGUGUGGGCGCAGAGAUUCUGGCAAAAUACCUCACCGAGCUUGCAGAGUUCGGGGCUAACGACCCCGAGAACCACCCCCCGCCUCUUCCUAUACUCUGUCGCGUCUGCGAGCGGUCCAUUGUUCCGUGGUGGUUUGAGAAGCACUCGGAUCUAUGCGUACAAGAACACAGGGCUGAAAUGGAUGUGCAGAUGAUACAGGAAAACCUCUCGGAACAUCGGCAUGCAAUUGUCAAGGUGCUUGACGCUUUUGAGGUUCGUCAAGGGCGAGGCUCAGGCGGCGAAAACUCCCCCGCUUCAGCUCCUGAGUACAAGGGUAUGCCGAUCGGCCCAUCGCCAACCUCUUCGACUGGUGUCUCUUCCGCCUCUGGAUCUCACAGUGCCAGUCCUGUGAGAUCUCGAAGUCCGUCCACGGCCGGCCUAGGUCACGCUCGAGCUCGCUCGUUCGUCGUCCGACGCCCUCUGGUGCGCAUUGUGGAAUUGAUUCUGGACCUCUGCGACACGGCCAUCGAGAUAAAUGUACCUUCGAUCAAAGACAGCAAAAGCUUGGUGGAAGAUGACUUCAAGUCGCAGUCCCCACAGUCAGAAUCCAGAAUUUCCCAAAUCAUCCAAUGGCAGCCCCCAAGCAGCUUGGAUAACGAGCCUGGCUUGGCCGCCUUGAGUGCAGAUACUGAAAAACUGGCUCGUGCCAAGGUCGAGGCCGUGCACCGAUAUCAGAAUGUCUUGGAAUACUCUGAGCGGAUCCGACAAGAGUACAUGGCCGAAGUGGAUGCAUGUAUCAACGAAGCUUUGAUCAAGGCCGAAAGGGCGGCAGCUGGAGAAGCGUUAUCUUCCAGUGAAAGCGAGUCUGAAGAAGAGCCCACACUAGAAGGCAUUCUCGAAAGCCCUGGCGAGGAUAUGGAGCCGACGUCGCAGCCGCUCCCUAUUGACCACCUCGAGCCUGAAGCCAGUCGGAGCACAUCUUACGUUGGCUUGAGGUCAAUGGCUUCUGCUCUCAGAAACCCAAGAGACUUGCCCCAGAUCACGAUGGCAGCCGAUAAGAGACGAUCAUCAUCUCAGGCGGUUUCAACAGGCUCCAGCAGCCCGAUUGAAUGUCCCACCCCAAAAUCUCAUCGGAGCAAUCUCAUCUCUCAACCACAACCAAUCUCGAACAGACGGUCGAUGUACAUUGAAGAUGCCAACGACAGCGACAGCAGUCUUCCGCCGCCCUCCAUGUUGUCAGGCAAUUGGCGGGCUGAUUCUCCCGCCUCUGCAUCUGAUCAGGGUCGAACCGCGCAAUCACGGGACAGGAAGCGGCGGAGCAUGCAUCUACAUGGCCUUAAUUCGGCCUCACCCCACCGCCAGCAGUCUCCGGGGAGGUACCCACCACCGCCACCAUCACCACUGCGAAUGACCAAGUCGAGAAUUCCCAGUGGAGAGAUAGCCCAGUCACCGGUUGUGUCCCCAUUGCUGACGGCCGGCGAAUUCGUGCCUCCAAGCAAUGCUCCGAUUCUGCAUAGAAGGCAGUCAUCGAUGCAUUCGUCUGACCUGAAGACUCCUGCAUCCCCUAGGUUGAACUCUAUUUCUCAUUUGCAGCAGCGUGCACAGCCACCUUCGAUAAAGGAUUUUGAGAUUAUCAAGCCGAUCAGCAGGGGUGCCUUUGGAAGUGUGUAUCUGGCCAAGAAGAAAAUCACUGGCGAAUACUUUGCCAUCAAAGUGCUCCGCAAGUCGGACAUGAUCGCAAAGAAUCAAGUCACAAACGUCAAGGCGGAACGCGCCAUCAUGAUGUGGCAGGGGGAGAGUGAUUUUGUUGCUAAACUGUACUGGACGUUCUCCAGCAAGGAUUACCUCUACCUGGUCAUGGAGUACUUGAACGGAGGCGACUGCGCUUCACUCGUGAAAAUUCUUGGAGGGUUGAGUGAAGAUUGGGCUAAGAAGUAUAUCGCCGAAGUCGUUCUCGGUGUCGAACAUCUGCACUCUCGAGGGAUUGUUCAUCGUGACUUGAAACCGGAUAAUCUUCUGAUAGACUCCAAAGGUCAUCUGAAGCUUACCGAUUUUGGCCUGUCUCGCAUGGGUCUCGUCGGUCGACAAAAGCGUGCACUCAAGCAACCGGACGAGGCCGUGCCCGAUCUUUUGAAGCAAGGCCCAUUCACCCAGAAUGGUUCGGGGUCAAAUCCGACCUCCAGAUCCACCUCCUUUGAUUACCAGGGCCCUCAUUCACCAGCACCGACACCCCUUAUGACACCCGCUUUCACUGGUGGCCUUGAUCAGCCUUCCUACUUCAGCUUGAAUCGAGAAAGCUCUUUAAGCCGAGAGACGUCUCUGAGAAACUCCGGCUAUCGCAGUGAUAGUGGCAGCGGCUCCAGUUUUGAUCUCCACCAACUCUUCAAAAAGCUCGGCGUGCACGAAGACACGGAUUCGCCUCCUCAGAUCUUUCCUCGAAAGAUCGAAGAAGAGGCGUACAGCCAGGGCAGUGCCUCGCCUGAUCUCUUCCCUCUGUCACAGUCGAUGAGUAAUAUCUCUCAAGCAGCUCCCGCUCCAUUACCUUCUCAGAUGUUAGCUCCUCCAUUAUUUGAGCCCGAAGAGAGUGAUCGUCGUUUUGUGGGUACUCCAGACUAUCUUGCUCCCGAAACCAUCAACGGCACCGUGCAGGAUGAAAUGUGUGACUGGUGGUCUUUGGGGUGUAUCAUGUUCGAAUUCCUCUAUGGCUUUCCCCCUUUCAAUGCAGAGACGCCGGAAAAGGUCUUUGACAACAUUCUAAAUCGGAGAAUUGCCUGGCCUGAGGACGACGAAAUCGAAGUAAGCCCGGAAGCGCGAGAUCUCAUUGACAAACUCAUCCAGCUCGACCCGAGAGAAAGACUGGGUGCUAAUAAGGACGAGAAGUAUCCAAGUGGUGGCGCCGAGAUUCAGGCUCAUCCCUGGUUCGCUGACAUCCACUGGGAUACACUCUUGGAAGACGAGGCUCAAUUCAUUCCGAACCCAGAGCAUCCAGAAGACACCGAGUACUUUGAUGCGCGCGGGGCUACCUUGUCAUCCUUCCCUGAAGAACUAGAAGACCAAAUCUCACCGGCUGGCACAACUCCAAAUGGUUCAGAAUAUCCUAACCGUCCCCACGAUGCACUGUUCCGAGCGAGAACACAGGCAAAUCCUGCCAAGCGUGGCCUCAUGCCUCUUCACAUUCCUCCCCACGUGGUACGCGAUUCCCGCAGUCGACGACUUAGCGAGCCUGUAAUUGCCGACGACUUUGGCAACUUCACUUUCAAGAACCUGCCCGUGCUGGAGAAGGCCAACAAGGACAUAGUCGAGAGGAUGAGGAAAGAAGCAAUGCAAGCUCAAGCUAGAGGCUAUGCGCAUUCGCAGGCAAUGUCUGCCACCAACAGUCCCGCGCUGGGAUCUCCUGGACCUUCCCUUGAAGGCAGUCCAAUGAUGCCGAUGCCGGUUAAACGGGCGCUAUCCAUCAGCAAAGGUCACAGGCCAGGCUCUCCAUCAAGCCUGGCUACCUCCAACUCGUCUCCCAGCAGGCCUUCUCAACCUUCUUCACCCCUCUUGGUUCAAUUCUCCACCGUGCAGCAUCACGAUAGACGAAAGACUUCUGGCUCUUCCCAAGGAAGCAGCUCUCUUGCUCCAAGUAGCUUUUUCGAUAUCCCUCAUGACGCUAUCAAACAUGGACAAACGGCCACGUCGUCUCCCAUCAAAUCUGCUCGGAUGCCGUCUGUCUCGCCCGCGAAAGCGAUGCCUCCACCACGAGCUACGACAGUCAACGGGCGCACCAGGUCGCAGACCGUCGGCUCACAGGAGAGUGAUGGACAGGCCCCUCCGCGGGAACCCUUCGUCCCUGGUCAUCAUAAGCGCAAGAGCCAACUGCUCGUCCGAGAUGUUUCACCAUCAUCUUCGGACAAUGAGUCUGCACAAGCAAAGGCACUACUCAAGGUGCAACGUCGGCGGCAGAGCUCGAGGAGAUUAUCGCAGAUUAACUUUCUUGAGGGCCCUACAUAUCGACCUUUGGAUGUCCUGAUUUGCGAGGAUCAUCCGGUGUCGAGGAUGGUAAUGGAGAGACUGUUUGAGAAAUUACGCUGUCGGACGAUUACCGCGACCAACGGCCCUGAUGCUCUACGACUUGCUAUCAGCCAGAUUCAAUUUGACGUUAUUUUCAUGGAAUUCAAGCUGCCUCUGAUCAGUGGCGUCGACGUUGCUCGCAUGAUUCGAGAUACAAAGAGCGCCAAUACCAGUACUCCAAUUGUCUGCAUUACGGGAUAUCUGAAAGAUCUUCCCGAAGUCCACCACUUUGAUACUCUGAUGCAGAAGCCGCCGACCACUCAGAAGCUCACCGAGAUGCUCGCCAAAUACUGUGCCUGGAAACCCGCACCAAAAGACUUCCGGAUGGCAGUUCCGUUGACCAUCCCACAUCUCAAUACACGAUUCGAACCCAUGCCCACCCAAGACAGUCCGAGCUCUGUGGCUUCAAGUUUGGCGCCGACUAUGCCCGACUCAUCAUAUCGAGGAUCGGGUCGGGAGGAUUCGAUUGGCAGUGGCGGGUUUUUUAGCGAUCUGGAAUCGUUCAAGAGCGAUGACAUUCCCGUCAUUGUGUCUCGAGCUGCCACAGAUGACUGGGCAAAGGCUGGUUUAGGGAUUUCCGACGACAUAGUCCUCGGACAGAGACCUUACAUCCAGUCAGGCUACCCUCAUCUUGUUCAUACCGAGUCUGCACCCCCGAGUGCUUGCGUCGACGACACUGGCGGUUAUGGUCUUCAAACUCCACGGCGGCAAAAGUCAUCCGAGGCUGUCAGAAUGAAGCGGGAACUACUUGAGAAAAACAUGAACCAUGCCAGUGGAGCAGCUGAAGAAGGGGAUGAUGAAGACGAGGAACUGGGUGACGUCCAAGUGCGGGCGCGGUCACCCAUCGGCAAACCCGCACGGCCGUCCUCCAAACUGGGGAUAGAAAUGAUGCGUACGAACAGUCGUGGAAGCGUCAUAUCCAUGGGUGACGACAGGUCAACAGAGGCAGACAGCCUUCGGAAGUCUCUGGAAAUUCUCGAAGAGCGCAUGGAGAAUCUCAAGAUUCCCGAGGAACCCAGUACGGCUUCGUUGACAGAGAUCCAGCCGCGGAAAACGCUUGAGAGGACUGUCUCCCAGCAUUCAUAUCCUGAUCAAGAGAUUCUCUGCUCGUCGAGCGGCCAGAUCACGCCCCCAGUCAUAUUUCCCCCCAAACCCGGAACCACGUUUGCUGAUAUCGAGAUGGAGAUCACUCCGGUGCCGACCAAAAUGACCAAUAUUGAAGAAGAGCCUACCCCGAAGCCCCAAGGCAGUCCCUCAGCGCCAGAAACAACACAAUCUCAGCGCUAG